CCCUCUCUCAAUCAUUAUCGUUAUUUGUCGUUUACAAAUUAUUCUAAACUAUUGGUAGAGAUAAUUGUGCGAUAAUAUUAUUUACUUUACCCCAAUGACCCGUUGAUAAGGAGCAACUUUAUUCAUUUCGAUUUAUGUUAGAGUCUGUGCAAAACGUGUGACCAUGCGUUGAUCCGUGAUCCAAAAUGUAUUUGUGUGUGACUUUUUUGUGUUUGUGUGUCGCUGCAGUGCAAGGAUCGGGCAAUUCUUUGAAAGAUCCUUAUAUUUGCGGGACCCCUACAUGUGCAGCAUCAGAAAAAUUCAAUUAUUUAACAUCUGUGAGCUAUCACUAUGAAUAUAAAGUGAAUGUGGAAACCUACUUCGCUGGAUCAAGUAAUAACCGAUCAACUCUCGAUAUUAAAACAGAGGCAAUACUACAAUUCAUAAGGCCUUGUGAAGGUAUUCUUAGAUUAGCGGAUGUAACACUCAUAGACCAAGAUGAGAAUUAUCCUGUGGAGAGAGCAGAGAAAUUCAUUCAUGCUUUGUCCCUUUUUGAUCUCAGAUUUUCAUUUCAUGAUGGUAUUAUAUCAGAGAUUUGUCCGGAAGACGGGGAAGAAGACUGGGUGGUUAACUUCAAAAGGGCCUUACUAUCUCUCUAUCAGAAUAGUAUGAAAAGAUUUGAUAUCAAUUUUAAAGGAGCUGAGCAAGACAUCCAAGGCACCUGUAAUGUAGAUUACGUAGUGCGAGGCCAAGAGCAGACCAGCCUUGUAUUGGUGAAAACGAGAGAUCUAUCACAGUGCACAAAUAGAUACAAAUAUAUGUCUAUAUUGCAAACUGUGCGAUAUGACUUCCAAAGUAAAUUCCAAACCUGGCCAGUCCUAAAAUCGGAAAGCAAAUGUCGCAUAACAGUCGACCAUCAUGUAUACAAAGCAGUGAAUUGCAAAGAACGACAUCUGUUCGAACCAUUCUCUGGCAGAAACUCGGGAGCUAUGACCACUGUUAUACAAGAUCUGUUGCUUAUAAAGGAAGUUAAUAAAACUGACGAUGAAACUGUGGAUAGCGAGAAGAAAGCUUGGACAGUCAUUCAUAAACGGUCGAAUUUGCUCCAUCAUCAUAUAUCAUACGGGAAGUCUGAUACUGGUGAAUUGAAAUCAGCGAGAGAUGUAUUGAAGUUACUAUGCUUAGUAAAACCGAACACAGACGACGAAAUGUCAACAGUAGAUGAAAAUAUGGACAGUGGUUCAACAGUAGGACUGUGGGGCAGACUUGUGAGAUCAGCUCGCAAAUUGCACCACCCUGCGCUCGCGCAGCUGCUUGCUAGAGCACCCUCUAUAUGCGCUGGGGCUACAAAGCACAUAUUAGACGCACUUCCAUACAUAGCAAGUACAGGUUCAGUAGAACUAAUCAAAGACAUGAUAAUCAAGAACGAAGUGAACAACGAUACGCGACACGAGUGGCUUAUGUCUAUGGCUAUGAUACCACGACCAAAACUGGAAAUGUUGCAGAGCAUGUUGGAACUUUUACAAAAACAGAAAAAUGACAAAGUGAUCAGUUUUACUGUAUCAUCAAUGACGCAUUCGUACUGUAGACAUAGUGGGAAAUCACUGCGUGAAUGCUGCGAAGAAGAGGUUCCCAAGCAAAUAUUGGAAGAAUUCCAAAAUAUUAUAAACGAUUUGAUCACUAAAGGAGUUCCCACUUUGGAAAGAAGAGAUAGAGAUAGUCUCAUAAUAGCAAUCAAAGCUCUAGGAAACAUUGGUGGUUUUAAACAAGAAUUUUCUGAUAUUCUAAUGAAUAUAAUCGGUGACUCUCUGACUCCAGUACAAGUGAGGCUGACAGCUAUUGAUGCAUUUAGACGAACACCAUGCACUGAAACUAGCGAAUACUUCCUUGAAACGUUUAGAGAAGAUUUAGUAGAUGUUGAAGUUCGUAUCGCAUCGUAUUUGCAAGUGAUGCGAUGUCCAAACUUGGGUACUAUAAGAAAGGUGUUCCAUGCUUUACGACAUGAGCCUGUUAAUCAAGUGGCGACAUUCGUCUGGAGUCACCUCAACAAUCUCGGCCAAUCGUCGCUCCCUUCACGAGUGGAAAUACAAGGCUUAUUGUCUGGACAUGAAAUGCCACAAUUAGAAGAUAAUCCUGAUUUUAGAAUGUUCUCGAGGAAUUAUGAGCAGAGCGUGUUCUUUGAUCAGUAUAAUGCUGGGGGUAAUUAUGAAGCAAACGUAAUAUUUUCACCUGACUCCUAUAUCCCACGCUCUUUGUCUCUCAACUUAACGGUGGACAUGUUUGGUGAAUCUAUUAACUUAUUAGAGAUAAAAGCAAGAGGAGAAGGCUUUGAACGAUACUUCGAAAGUAUAUUUGGUAACAACGGACCGCUAAACAAAGAGAAAGUAGUGGACAGAAUAAACAAACUCCGAGUAUUCCGAUCGGCAAGCGAAGCAGAUGAUAUUCGCGGGAAAAUCGACGGUCUUGGGUACAAAAAUAAUGCUCUUAAGCACCGUUUUCCCAUAGCAGAGAUGGGAAUCAAAGUGUUUGGCAAUGAAAUAUCGUUCUGGAGUGCGGAAGGCGAUGAUGAAAUUAGGAAAUCAUUGCAGAAGUUGGAUCCUAAGUUGAGGAUAUUGGAAAUUUUGUCAGGAAAGGAAAUAUCCUACAACAAAGCGUCCCUUUUCCUCGAUACAACAUUCUCAGUAGCGACUGGAUGUGGGUUGCCCCUCAAUAUGAAUCUCAUGGGGACUAGCUACGUUGAUACGAAGAUGUCCGGUACUGUCCUUGAUAAAUAUACACAUUCCGGCAAUUUGGACUUUGAAGGAAAGAUACGUCCUAGUGUAGCAGUAAACAUAGCAGCUACAAUGAGUGUAGCAGCCGGUUCUUUAGCAUCAAGCGGUAUUCGCUUAUCAUCCCGAUUGUACACGGCUACGGCAGUUGAAGUUAAAUUAUCUGUAAGAGGUGUCGGUUUGUUGAGACUUGAUUUGUCGCUGCCAAGGGAUAAACAGGAAAUAUUUGCUGCUAAAUCUGAGCUUCUAGUUCUACAUGGAGAUGAGGAAUUACCUCAACAAGGCUUGAAUAAGAAUAGAAUAGAACAGAAUACUUGCAGUUGGUCCACUUUUGAUAAAGCUAUUGGUAUUAAAGUGUGCGCUGCGUAUCAGUUCCCAAACAUGACAAAUCUCCGUGACGCACCAUACUUUAUAAUGAGCGGACCAGCGAAAUAUAUAGUUUCUUUGGAAAAAGCCGAUCCUUCAGCUAAAACGUAUGCCCUACAAUAUAAAUGGGAUAGAAAUGAAACAACUAAUGUAUUGGGAUUCUCAUACGAUACGCCUAAUAGUAAGGAAAAACGCAUGUUCAACGCGAUCCUAAGCAUAUCAAACACAUCAAGCACUGCUGCACUAACUUUCCAAUCUUCCGAAAGUACAAUAAAAGCUAAAGCUCUAUACAGAAACCAGCCUUACGAUAAAUCCGUAGAAGCAAGUCUGGAUGUAGAUGGACGGAAACAAUUUGAUACUGUGAUGUCAAUAAAACGGCAUGAUAUUAAAUAUGGCUAUGUGUGGAUACCGCAUGCGUAUUGGGUGGUCAAUGAUCAACGGAUUGCUGAAUUGUCAGGUACUCUAAAAGUAAAAUCAAAAGGCGGCGUCACGCAAUGGGAUGUAACCGCCGAUUUCCAAACGAAACAACUCGCAAGUCGUCUCGUUGGAUAUUAUACCAUAAAUGGUCCUACACACGGCACAAAAUUGCAACUCGACUAUCAGUUCUAUAAAAACCCGAAACAGACUAUAAAAAUGGAAGGAGUGUAUAGCGAAAGAUCUUUGAACUAUAGACACGAUUUGUAUGGAGAAUUGGCUAUGGAUUUCACAGCGUAUCCCUCUUAUAACUUCUAUGCGGUUUUGAGGAAUGUGAAAACUCAAAACCACAUAGACAUCGGUUUCAACGUGAGCUCUUCAAAGGAUUUGAAACUCGAUCCCUCAUUCACGUUUCUUUUUAGACGCAUUGAUAAAUUGAAUGGUGUUAAAUUAAAUACUGAAGUAAAUUUAUAUAGGGCUAGACCGAUUAUAUUGAAAUUCCAGUUUGAACAGAUAGGACCAAAAUACUCAGCGCUAGCCUUACUAAACGUGAACCCGAAAUCGCGGGACAUACUUAUAUCAGGUUUCCUAUUCACUCCGCCGGGAACACAAUUAUAUGCUGAUGCAGAAUUAAAUGUCACUUUACCGACUUUACACCCUUGCAUGUUGAAGGGGAAGUUGUUUGAGAAACGGCCCAACGAGUUUCAGGUAAACGCAAAUGGCGUUUGGUUCACUGGUGUAGAUUUCAACGUAGAUGCCGUGUAUCAAGAUCAAUCCAAGACAAAUAUGGCUUCACAUCGGCUAAAAGUACUAAUAAAUAGCAGCCAUUUCAAGGAUAUUGCUGUUGAUGCGAGAUUCACACAGGACAAUCGACAGAUCACAUUCAUAGCUGAGGGUGAAUACAACGCUGACACCUAUAAAACGUUAAUACGUUAUCUGCUACUAUCUGAGCAAAAUUUCACCACUUAUGGUGAAGUAGAUAUCAGUGGGAAGGUAUACAGUAUCAAUCUAAAUGCUGAUUUGAAUAAUAAUACAGAUGUUAAUAUGGACGUGCAUUUUGAUCAAUUACGCGACUUACACAUAUCCUACCUGCGCAUAUCGACACCUACCGAAAAACGUUUAAGCGCAACUUUUAACUGGGAUGCGAACCGAGAUCCCUCACAGAAGAUAAGCAUUGACGCUAAACUGGACCAUCGGGGCAAAUGGCAUCAUGCCGGCCAUGCGACGUUGCAUUACCCGGGGCAGGUUGUGAAUGGAGAGUUUGAGUUUUUGUUGAGAGAUUGGUACUGCGAAUGGCUUGUACGCGCGGGCUGGGCUAGUCCCACCUCCAUAGUGUGGCGAGUUAAAGCGUACUCAGAAGCACAUGAACACACUGUAUAUGCGUUAUUAUCCAGCUUACAUACGCCUUUCCCGGGAUGGAAGGAUACUAGCUUUAAUGUUAUGUGGCGCUACCAAGACAAUUUACAGGCCAUCAACGGCAGUAUGAACUGGCAGGAAGACUAUCUAGCGUUCAGUCUACUCGCAGACUAUCUAUUCACGAGCACUAAGUUCUAUGGAGAAAUCAAUGCACUCGUUAAUUCUACAAUACCAUCCCUGCCUAAAGCUGCCGCUAUAGCUAAACAUACGGUUGUGUGGAAGAAAAGUGCAGAUACGCUGUUGAGUUUUCAGUAUAACGAAGAUGGUAUGUUGAUGAUAAAUUCGUCGUGGGCUAUUGCCAAAGGACAAACAGCGAAUAAUGUAACAGGAAAAGUCACUAUUAUAACUCCUUUCAAAGGUUAUAAAAAAGGACAUUUGAACACAGAAUUUAUCCUAGGUCAUAAACGAGAUAUAAAAGGUGUGACGCUAUUGGAUUUAGAAGGCAAAGUCGUCAAUAUAAUUGUUAAUGGGCACAUGCGUAGAAUAACCAACUGUAUGCUAGUUGUGAACAUUACGAGUCCAAUACCUCAAUUUGCACAUACAACCGCCAGGUUCGGGUUCAUAGAGGCCGAUAGGCAUCUAGUGGCCAUGGUUGUUACUACUAAUUCUACAACUGGUAUCGAAGUUUUACUACAACUAGUGUCGCUUCAAGACUUCAACAUCUUAGGUCAUGUGGCAUUACCUAUACAGUACUUGAACAGAGCUCUUAUCACUGCUAAAAGGGCUACAGAAGAGGUGGACUUCAGAGUGGGUUGGGACAAAAUGGACUUCGGUUUUACUGGCAUAUGGCAAUGGCAUUCGCUCAUAGAUUUUGUAUAUGUGUACAAAUUAUAUACACCGUUAGAUGGGUUCGAAGAAAACGGCUUGGUUCUCAAAAAUGUGUACAGAAAUGGGCUGGAUACAGAAUUAUCUGUGCAACUGUCAAAACAUAAGUUCGGUAUUGCCAUCCUCCUAGUCGACAAUGGUAAAGGUCUAGUCGAAGUGAUUAGAGACAUAAUGCAAAACAAGCCGCACGACCCGGAUAUGUUCGUGGAAAAUUUCGAUACUGAAGCCUCAGUCACUUUGGAUACGUUAUACUAUCCCACUAUUAAGUUCCAUGCACAUCUUAUGAAGUAUGUUGGUCCCGACGAAGAAGAUAUAAUAGAAGCAAAUGCGACUCUACACCUACCGGAUAAGAAACCUAUUGUAUUGAAGGACGUUUUUAUAAUGGAGCAAUACACAGUGAUGCGAAACACAUUGGAUCUAGUGACACCCUUCGAAAUGGUAUCACAACUGAAGUCUGUCUACACUCUGGAUAUAGUUUUUGGUGAAAAGUUCAAUGUGACGUGCGUCGCGUUAUUGUAUAAUGGAACUUAUUGGCAUGAUAUAUCAUACAAAAUGUUCUACGAGUACGAAACGGGUGAGGACGAUGCAUAUAAGUCGUAUGUAUCUUCAGUGGGUAUAGCAACACCAUUGGCAGUGUUGCCAGCUCUAGAGGCCCGUGUUACCGCUAGACUGGAGGGCAAUUUGUGGAAAAUGUCCGCCGGUAUUGCCAUGCCGUCGUUCACUGUGCAGGCGAAUGCUAGACUUGAGUUGGACGAUCCGUUCGUAGAAACAUCUGGAAGCCUCAACCUAACUUCAUUAUAUUUGGAAGACUAUUUUAUCAAGAUGGAGUUUAAAAAAGAUUUUUCUGACGUUGAGAACAUUUUAGGAGGAGGUAUUCAAGUGCUGCAGGGUGAACAUGAUAACUAUAUAUUCGCAGACGCAGUAUGGCGUCCCCCACCAUCCCGCAGCAUCCGAUUCAAAGCCCGAGGAGCUUUAGCCCCAGUUCUAUCUCCAGCAGAAGUCAUUCUCUUCUUCAGUGAUGAAGAUCAACAGAGAUCUCUUACUGUGGAUCUCAAUAGUGAAGAGAAGAUCUAUUCGUUGAAAGCUGACCAAUGGCCGACGUCCUUGAAUAUUGCGAUUAGCAGCCCGCAUAAAGGGUUUAGGGCAAUGAAAAUACUAAGUGAAUUCGACGGUGACGACAUACGAGGAUCCUUUGUAACCGACACCACUGAAUAUGGUAUCACUGGGAAAAUACUUAAUCGAGAACCGCUAGAGGUAUCCCUAACCCUGGUGCCAAAAGGCCAAGGACAACCAAUAACAAUACGUAUGAAAUACGAAACUACUGCUACAUUGUACAGUUUCUCUGCUCACAUAGUUGGACCAAUACAAUCUACUGUGCACGCUAAAAUUGAGACUGAGAGCAAUUUUACUGAUAUUUACUUUAAGGUGGACAUGCCUCAAGUGAAAAGUCGUGAGAUUUACUUCAAAAGUCGCGUGGAUUCGUAUCCCGGACUGCGACAUGUUGUGAGCGUACAAGCAGCCACUCCGCUAGAGAGAUUGAAGUUUGUUAAAGGGGAUACUGAUUUUGUUUUCGGCCCAGAAAGUGGUUAUUUACUUGGAAAAUACGAACUACCGGAUAUGAAAGGUGAUGGUGACUUGAAAUGGAGUUUCUUGCUUGAAGACUUGUACAUAAAGGCGGUAGGUCACCAAUUGGUCAAAGAACUACAAAGGAGUGUCGACUUGGACAUAUAUUAUGGUAAUAAUACUGAAGAAGGGCUAAUUUUAACCAAUGCUGGCUUCAGUAUGGAUCUUGAUAAAGUUUGGCAGAUAGGAGCAAACGCAUCAUUCGGUAUGAUGAUGGACAAACGUAUAAAGCUCAUAGUUAAUGCUAUUCUACCAAAACCGAAUAUAGAUGUACACACGCUAUACAUUGAAGGUAAUACAGGGAAGCCAAAUGAUCCUGGGCUAAAAUUAGACGCAUUGUAUACAACUGAUGCUACUAAAGUCAAAGCUGGGGUUCAAGGAAAGGUACUUAAUCUCGAAGAAAGUUUCGACGCGAACGCUACAUUCAUUUGGACAGCAAACUCCAUAUACAAAGUUGUAGACAACAUUGUAUCCUACAAAUGGGAUAUAAAUGGCUCAAAAUAUAUCGACUAUUCGUUAAACACUCCGAUUUAUGAAGAUAAACCCACUUUGACGGUCAAGGGAUCGUAUCAAAAGGAUAUGUUGCAUAGCUAUCAUGUUAUUAAGGGUCGUAUGCAUCGUCCAGGUAAUAGCCAAGUGGGAGAAGUAGAUGUUCGUUAUGGCGGCUUGAUACACACGGAUGGACAUUUCAAUGUGUCUACACCUUUCCAAACAUUACCUUGGUUGAAAUCUAUCUUUAAUAUCAACAACCUAGAAGAGGUAUCCGACAACAAAGUAGACCUUUUCUGGCCAAACAAAACGGCAUCAGUGAAUACAUCGCACACGUACCAUAAGAAAAACACGGGUUUCACACAAGCGGGCACCAUAUCACUUUCCAUUCCAUUGAACACUCAGCACUUGGUCAAUACGGAAUACUUCUAUGUACAAGAGAACAAAUGGAGCAAUGGAAACGGUACAAUUGAUUUUGACUCGGAAAGAUUUUUGAAGGCGUCCUUCAAUCAGAUACUUAGUAAGAGUGAGAGGGACUUGGAUUUGGCGACAACGGAUAUUGAAGUGGAAAAUGAACAUAUACCCGCGGGGGUUAAAUAUAUACAUGAGUAUGAUGAUACGGGGAAUACUGACGUAAAGCAAGCGACAGUGUUCCACCUGAAAAACGCGACAAAAUUCAACGUCACUGGCAAGCUCGAUAUCCACACAUAUGACAUCGGAAAACGUAUGAAGUUCACAGCACUGCACGGGAAUAGAACCUGGAACUUGGAGAACACGUACGAAGCUGUGGAUAAGGAAUUGAGACAGGGGAGCAAAGUGGCCUGGGCGGAGGAUGUGUGGCUGCAGUAUAAUGUGCAUGUCACUAACUUGAGUGUGGAAGACACAGAAUCCCAACAAGUAGUCAUGGACGUGCAAUACCCAUUGCGGAAUUUCCGUGUUUCCGCCAUAUAUCGCUUACAAGACGCACUAUUGGACGGAAAAGCGGAUUUACUGUGGAAUGUGCGCGCGGAAAAUAAAACUGCGGAAAUCAGUGGCCACUGGGAAAGUCCGCCCACUGCUGAGGGGAACUUGCAUAAUGUGCACUUGGCUUUAUCUCAUCCGUCAUUUAGAAAGGAUGUCACACUAAAAGGCCAAUACCUCAGUUCUCCAGAAGUAAUGUCGAAUAUAUCUUUAGAACUACAAUACUCUGAAUACGAGAACGAAUACCUCAAACUCAACUCAAUAUUAACUGACAACUCAAAUGGACCAAUCAGAGAUUACAAAUUCGCGCUAAAAUGUACGCAUCCAUCAACUAAUUUGGACUUGGAUAUGAAAUCUGAUAUAAAUAUACACAGUAGAUGGUACCAUUUGAGCAACUACUAUAGGUUCCAGAAAUCUUUGUUCUAUGAAAAACUGAGGAGUAAUAAACUGCUGGUGGAUUUGAACACUAGCGCUAUUAAUUGGGAGCGAGCAAACGAAACAUACUUCUACAAAGUGAACGGUACAUGGUCACUCAUGUACCCACAAUAUGGAAUACGUGGUUUGGUAGCGAGACCCAACGCUAAUGAUACUGUUAUAGCUACGCUUUCUAUGGUGGAUAAGUCGUUAAUAGCGCAUUAUAAUAGCACGGAUGACAUAUCAUUCCAUUUAAUCGGCGAAAUUAUCGACACUCGCUCCGCCCACCUGAACGCGUGGCGGAACUAUGAUGACGUCACCACUGUCGAUCUAGCUUCAUACAUACGUUUGAACCAUUCGCGUCUAUUAACUAGCGCUGUUGUAUGGAGACCAGAGAUAUUCAGCGAAAUUAAAUCACAAGCUGUGUAUUCUCUGAAACUUCUAUAUGGCCAAGUUAACGAAACUCUAGUAAUUAUUAAAGAAGCGCCCAUGGAAGCUCAUCUUGCUUUACGAAAUAUAUGGAGUGACGCAAAACCCAGAGUACGAGAUUUCUUAGACGAUUUGAACGACUUACACGUUAUAAAAGACGAUUUAGAUGACUUCGAAAGAUUCUUGAACCAGUCGUAUGAUAAUAAUGACUUCUACGUCAAAGAUAUUGUGGAAUUCACAUAUUAUGUGUUAGAUGAAAUGGCGAUACGUAACCAUUUGGAGCAUUUGCCCGGUUUCGUCAACGAUAUGUGGGGAAUGAUGGGCAAUACAAGUAAAUCGAUAAAAGACAGUCUCACAUACGUCAUUGAGUCAAUUAAAAAGGCAUACGCGAACUUCCUAGAUACAGUUAACAAAAUUCUAGAAGCAGAUUUGAUGGAAUUAGUAUCGGAUAGAUUGGAAGCCAUGAUUUUGCAAUACGAUAACUUUAUAAGGGACUUGCAUAUGAGGUUCUUAGAAUAUUGGGAAGAUACUUGGGUUAAUGCGACGACAAGAUUGUCUAAAUAUUGGCAUGAGUUACUGAAAUCUAUAGAGCCGUUGUUUUUCAAAAUGUUGCAUUAUACUGAAGCUUUCGUGGUUGCUAUUUGGAGAGAAGUGAUGGAUUUCUUCCAUGAAAGGACGCAUGAAUUGACGGACACACCGUACUUUAACUAUGUGUCGACGUUUGGUCAUGAAAUGGACAAAAUCUACCGGGACCUCAUAAACAAUGACAUAAUAACAAACAUAAAGAAGUACUCAAAGAAACUGUGGAACGUGAUUUGGUCAAAACUAGAGAAGUACAUUCCCUUCACAGAAGAGUUCAAACAAUUGUACAAUGAAUUCAAGAACGCAUGGGAAAACUUCUUGAAGACACCGCAAGUUGUUUAUGUUAGGGAAAAGUGCAAGGAAGCAUACGUACGUCUAAAAUGGUGGUACGACUAUUUCUUAAUUGGUGACGCUCUUGAUGCCGUGUGGGAGAUUUUGUACAAUAAGAUCACAGACUUCGCGAAAACUGCGCUUCAGUAUGAGGAAUUGCACCGCACACCAAAAACGAACUUUAUAUUCGACCCGCACAAAGGCAAUAUACUUCUAGAACAAAAGCUACCAAUGUCGUGGCAUGCGUUCAACCAAACGCCAGAUAUCACAGAAAUAGCUGAAUAUAAGGCAGUUAGAGACUUUAUGGACGAAUGGCUGACCAGUAAUAAGAGCAUUUGGGCGUAUUAUUAUGAGAUCCGACCGUAUCUUGACUAUAAUAAUAUUGUGCCUCCGUUCGCUGGAAUGGGAAUGAUGACCGGCCAAGGUACUCUAGUGACAUUCGACAAAGAAGUGUUCACGAUCACCGAACCCGGGACCUUCCUGCUCACAAAGGACUAUAGGCUGAACAACUUCACUGUGCUUAUGGAGAGCAAUGACCAAGGACAGUACGAUCUUGUCAUAUUGACGAAACAGUCGUUGAUUUAUAUCGAUUUGUAUAAGGAGCAAGUAUCUCUAGGCAGAUCGAAUCCGCUAAGCCUCCCGGCAGCGGUAGAAAAUUUCAUAGUAGAUCGACAAGAUGAUACUAUUUCUGUGGAAACAAGGGCUGGUUUGGAUGUACACUGUAAUCUGCUGUUUAGGACUUGUAAACUGCAAGUGGCUGGCUGGUUCUACGCAAGCCUCGGCGGACUUCUAGGUACAUAUAACAAUGAACAAUUCGACGAACUGCAGUUACCCAACGGCACACAAUCGAACAUCGAAAGUGUUGCCAGAUCGUGGUUGUUGAGGCAAAGCCAAGUGUCCCAACCAGUAUGGGGACCAGUUAACGAUACGCAGUGUGCCAAGUUCUUCAUGAAUAAGGUGUCGCCUUUGCACCCUUGUUUCAGUGUGAUCGACGCAGUGCCAUUCCACGCGGAGUGCUCGCGCGGUGCGGACGCGUGUGCGCUAGCGAGCGCAUAUCUAGAGCUGUGCGCGCAGCAACACGUGCCUACACAUGUGCCUGAUCAUUGUGUGAGAUGCACAACACCUCAAGGCGAUAUAGUAGAAGAGGGAUCGUUCUUGGAAAUACAAAACCCGCCGAAAUCAGCUGAUAUUGUGUUUGUAGUAGAAGCGCAGUAUUGUAACAAGAAUAUACGGAAGUCGAAGAAUAUUGACUUGUUCAUAGAUACGUUUGAUAGUAAACUACAGGAAAAUGGCUUGUCGGAUAAUCGAUACGCAGUUGUAGUUUACGGUGGUAGUGGACUGUACCGACGACCCCGAGCCCUCUACCAUAAUAAUAAAUUGUUCACAAAUACUGUUGACAUUCCAAGACAUUUCGAUACUUUUACUAUUGAGAAGAGCGAGUCAGUGCGGUCCAACCGCUCGGUGCGUGCGGACGUGUUCGCCGCGCUGCGGUUUGCGAGCGCGUUACCGUUUAGAGCUGCUGCACCACGUGCGCUGUUUUUGUUGCCGUGUACUAAGUGUGAUUCUAGUAAGAGUGAGCUGGAUUAUUCCACAAUAUAUCAUUAUCUGAUGGAAAACUCCAUCACAUUGCACAUACUAAUGGACGAUGACUUCAGUCUGUCUAAGAAGAGAGUUGCGAAAUACCUGUUUGGUGUGGAUAGCACAUUAGCAUACACGAACAAAGAUUACGAGAGGUUGGUAGGAGAUCCGGGAUUAAGGAAGCAAGUCAAACUGCCUAAAGAUAAGCUUGGUCUUUGUACUUCGCUGGCUUUGGAGACAAACGGCACGAUCUGGGCGGGGUCCAAACUAUCCGGCGAGCGCGGCGCGGCGCGGCGGUUCGCGACAGUCGUCGGCGGGCGGGCGGCGCGUGCGGCCGUGCCCUGCGCCGCGCCGCGCUGCGAGUGUCGCGCCGCCCGGCUGCACUGCCGGCCGUGCUCGUCCGCGCAUGAUCCGUUGGAGCUUUCAUUCUGGAAUUCGGACGACAUCGAUGAGCUCAUAGACUUGGCGAUGGAUCCACCAAAUUUACCAAACUUUUAGUCUUUCAGAAAGAUCUUAUUGAGGAAUGAUAAUCUUUAUAUGUAAUAACAGCGUAGCUAAAGAAAAACAAUAUAUUUUACAAUGUGUUUGGAUUAAAAAAUGUCAAUUGCUAAACAUAAUAUUAUUGAACAUAAUAAAUAAAUGUUUAUGAAGAAAUUGUGAUAAAGUUAUGGUAGCCCUUUAACUAUGUUGUUCUUAAAUUGAUUAGCUAAUGUGAGUAUAUUAUAAGAGAAUUAUUAUUAAUAUUGUAACGAGUGUAUAUUGCCGACUUAAUUUAGUGUGUGUUUGCAAUAAAUUAUUUUUACGUAGUAAA